AUGCAGCACUUCCGGCGCCUGUGCUACGACGCGCGCGGAUUGGAAUUGCUUCAUUGCGUUUCGCUGGCAUCCUAUUCGUGGCAAUGCGCUCUAAAUUACACGCGGGCAAAAUUGGAGCUGAUCAUCGACGAGGACAUGUACCGGACCAUCGAAUCGGGUGUUAGAGGCGGACUCUGUCAGGCGAGCAGGCGUCAUUUACGGGCUAACAACCCGCUGUGCGGUGGCUACGAUCCCGAUAAAGAGGAGGUGUACAUAUCGUACAUAGAUUGCAACAAUCUUUACGGGUUCAGUAUGAUAAAGCACCUCCCCGUCGGCGAUUUCGAAUGGGUCGAGGAUUUUAGCUCCGUGGAUUUUAUGCGUCAUCCCACGGAUUCGGACGUGGGAUACGUGUACGUGUGCGAUUUGGAGUAUCCAAAAUCUAUCCACGCGCUGACGCGGUACUUCCCCCUGGCUCCCGAGAAGGCAGUCGUUCCGAAGGAAUGGCUCUCACCAUUCCAGCGGGGGCUCCUCGAAGACUUAAUGUAUCAACCGGCGAACAGCAAAAAGCUGCUGCUCACGUGCAAGGACAAGGUCGGGUACGUCGUUCAUUACGCGCUGCUCGCGCUCUAUUGUAGAUUGGGCAUGCGCGUGACGAAAAUUCACAGAAUUCUAAAAUUUCGUCAGGCACCAUUCCUGCGUCCCUACAUUGAGGACAAUGUUGCCAGACGCGUCGCAUCGAGCACGACGUUCGAGAAAAAUUUCUAUAAAAUCUCAAAUAAUGCGGUCUUCGGGCGUACGUUGCUAAAUAAAUUUAAUAUGCGAGACAUUCGAGUGGCCUUCGAUGAGGAGACGGCGAGUCGCCUCGGGAGUCGGGCGGAAUGCGCGCGAAUGGAAAUUUUGUCCCCCGAUUGCGUCAUGUACGAAAUGCGCAAAAGAAAAGUGCGAUGUGAUUUCCCCCUGCAGAUUGGCUUCACGAUUUUAGAACUGAGUAAGUUAACCAUGUACUCGUUCUACUAUGAAACCCUGCUGAGUAAGCUCACUUGUCCGGUGAUUACCUGCUACUUUGACACGGAUUCUCUGAUCCUCGGCCUAUUCUGCAAAGACUACGAAGAUCAGUUACGUGCGAUCGCCGACGAGCAUUUAGACUUGUCUUCCUUCGAUCGUGACCAUCCACUGUACAGCGAGAGGAAUCGCGGUAGACUUGGCGCGUUCAAAAGUGAAACGGGUAGCAUACCCAUUGAGGAAGUAAUAUGCCUGAAAGCUAAAAUGUAUUCUAUCAAAUUAGCCGGGGGAAAACAGAUUGCAAGAGCUAAAGGGGUCAAAAAGAACAUUGUGCGCAAACACCUCCUCCAUGAUACGUACCGCGAUACCCUAUUCAAGCACGACAGCGUAUCGCACGAACAGGUGUCAAUAGUGGGAAAGAAACAGUGCAUGUACACCAUCCGAAAUGUGAAAAGAAGUCUGAUGGCGUACGACGACAAACGGUACCUCUAUAAUGACGUGGACUCCUACCCGUACGGAAGCUGCGAAUAUGAUAAUGCAGAGGAUGAGUAGGAGUAGCGUCAUUUGACCUGCGUCACUGGAAGGAUGUGGUACCUCGUUCUCUUCUCACUCGUCUCGUGCGCGCUGGCGCUGGACGCUGGCAACUGUACUGCGAGCAUCAAGCUGGAGAAGGAUAAGCACACGUACGCGCACGAAUGCCCCGGCGACAUCUUGGCCAUCAGAGAGUGGCACGUGGUACCUAUGCGGUCCGGCAUUAACCUGAAUAGGAACGCUACUGGAUCGUUGCGUACGUGCCUUCACUCGCUGGACGUGAGCGACAGCUACGAAGAUAUCCAGUGCACGCGGAUGUGCCAGCUCACGGAGGACGAAAUUUUUCUCAGCCGCUGUCCCGGAGACGUCUACAUGAUCCGUCACUUCCGUGGAACCGCACCCAGCAUCAAAGGAAUCAACCUCUC